UAGCAAUUAAGGCCUUGGUAUUAAGCCAAUCAGAUUAAAAUUAAGCCUCUGAGUCAUUUCAGGCUAGUGAUUGUGAUGUCGGAUAAAGGUUAUUGGGCCGUGUGAUUGUCAUACUGUAAAAUAGACUAGCACGGCAAAUAUUUGCUUAUUUGGAAGUUCAUACUGACAACUUUUUCCGUGGACUAUGGGUGGACGAUCAGGCAAAUUCGUGGUUCCUCAUACGGUAGAAAAAACUGGAGAUAGUCCUUGCAAACCUGAUGCUAAUGAACAAGCCAAAACGUUGGAUUGUGAACAGCCAGUGCAACUCUCAGAUGAUAAGCUCGAAAAUGGUCACAAAGAUAAAUAUUCUACAGGGGAAGAAAACCAUGAGCAAGCAAACGGCGAUGUAACAACUUCAGACAUCCCACAAAACGGUGACGCAAAACGAUCCAAGAAAGGAAACCCAAUAGCACGAAUUUUACGACGUAUAUCCAGGAAAGGUUCUAACCUUAAAAAACACUCCACAGACAAGUCUGAUGAAAAACCUGAGGAUACUAGUAAUGACGAAAAAAAAGAAGUUAACACAACUGACACAACUGAAACACAACCUGAAUGCACAGCAAAUAGUAAUGUCGAUGUUACUUCCAACAAUCCUGUUGUACUAGUUGCAGACAAUCUGGUUCAAGAUGUUAUCAUCUCUGCCACUCAAACUCGUUUAGAAGAAAUUCAAGUGUGUGAAGUGAAACCGUAUGAAGAGAGUCCUAAUGAUAUUGAAACUAAGAACAACACUCAAGAAUCACUCUCUGAGGUGGAAACUGUACAUGUCAAUUCUUGUGUCAAUGAAUCUUAUGUUAAUGGCGAAUCCGUAGAUGAAUGUACUGAGAAAUCUGAAGAUGUUCUGGUAAAUGGUGUCCACACAUAUGAAGAGGUUAAUGGUGUGGAUUGCAACAAUACCAAUAUAUAUGUUGAUGAUAACGUUAUCCACUCUAAGCUGGCAAACCUGGAGUUGGUAAACGGACAUUCUGAAGUCAAUGGGUUUCAUUGUGAAACAACAAACUCAGUAGUGGUGGCUAAUGAUUACUAAGAGCAAGACCCUGUUUACAUAUAUUUUGUUAAGUAACUUCACAGUUUAUCCUACAAGUCAAAUAUUUCUCACCUCGCUGUAAUAAAAUUGAUUGUCUUCUUUUGGAUAUUGUCGUACUAAUUGUUUUCUACAUUCAUUCGGAGCUUCCGGUCAUGUCAUAAAUAAUAAUUAGUGGUAUUCGUCAACAAAAGCGAUCAAUGUUUGCUACUUACAUAUGUUUGGUACAAACAAUCGUAUUCAUUUAAUUACUUUCACCACUGUUACUAAAAUUCUUUUCCAAUGUUUAUCUUUUAUCCUAACUGUAUCUGUAAAUGUGUAUUCAGGGUUGAAAUAAUGGUUUUAAAUAAAUGCAUACAUUUCAUAAUUCCUAAUAUUGACAAGUUUUCUAUUUGGUUUAAUUUUACAUUACUCUUUUCCAAAACUGCUUUUGAUUGCUUUUAGAGACUUGUAUCCGGAUAUGACUUUAUUUUUUUGGCUUUUCAUAAAUUAUCUUUUCACAAUACGAUCACAAAUUUGAUCAAAUAUAUGAUCAUAAAAAGUUUUCAUCGACAAUCUUAUGUUCAAAUUCCGUUUAGGAUAUCACUGCCCUAUUUCAUUUAAAAAAUGUCAUAUUGAUUUAAACAUUAUUAUUAAUUUUAAAUGUAUGAAAUAUUUUGAAAAGUUUGUUCUUAUCUUUUCAUGAUUUUUGGGUCACAAAAGUUCAAACAAUCUAGGGUUUUUGAGUUUCAAUGACAUGGCAAGAAUGUUGUUGUAAUUAUUUCUAUUUGAAUUCUGCCACGUUUUUUGAGUACGAAUACAAUCAUUUUUUGUAAUUACUAAGUUCAUCCAUUAGUGAAUGAGUUGAUCUUAUUAUUCUUAUUAAAGAUAAACUUUUUAAAAGUUAUAAAAGAGCUAGGAAUGAGGGUUUGUCAUAGCACUCAACCGAAUUGAGGACUACUGAUAAUUUCGUUGUAAAAUUUU